GACAUUGUUGCUCUUACUAGCAGACACCCACACACAAUUUCUUGCCAGACACCCACACACACUUUCUCACAUGCGCUGCAUAAACAUCGGAGCACCUGCGUUAUAGCCACUCGGUCUGUGGAUCUGUUCUUGACGGGCUCGUAUUGGCAAGAUGCCUUCCUGUGGCUGGUUGUUGUUGCCUCUGUUUGUGGCAGCACUAACAGGAAACACUAGUGGUGUUAAAACAUACAAGCAAACUGAGAGGAACUGCUCUGUUACCCCACCAUACCUCCCCAGCACAGCAGUAGAUACCACUCUCCAGCUGAAGGAGUUACAGGAGAAAAUGCUUUCCCUGAAUAUCUCUGCCUACAUUAUCCCUGGCACUGACGCUCACCUGAGUGAGUAUAUUGCACCACGUGAUGCCAGGAUGGCCUUCAUGACCGGCUUUACAGGCUCCGCAGGCACUGCCGUAGUGACUCAGACCAAGGCCGCUCUGUGGACAGACAGCCGCUACUGGGUUCAAGCUGAGAGACAGAUGGACUGCAACUGGGAGCUGGAAAAAGAUGUGUCCAUCAGCAGUGUAGCAGAGUGGCUGAUCUCUGAGGUCCCGUCAGGCAACGAGAUUGGCUUUGAUCCCUUCCUCUUCUCCCUCAAAACGCAUGAGGACUACCGCAUCAACCUGGAGUCAAGCAAUCGCAGCCUCAAGUCUGUCCCUGUUAACCUGGUCGACCAAGUGUGGAAGGACAGGGAACCCAUCCCAUCUUACAAUCUCACCCGUCUGCCCGACAGAGUCAUACAAAGGCCCUGGCAAAAGAAAGUGAUGCAAAUACGGGAUCAGAUAAGAGACAAUCCAUAUGAACCAACAGCUCUUCUGCUGUCAGCACUGGAUGAAACAGCCUGGCUGUUCAAUCUGCGCGGCAACGAUAUCCCAUACAAUCCCUUCUUCUACUCCUACACACUACUCACAAUGGAUGAGAUCUGGCUUUUUCUCCAUACAGACAGAGUGACAGAUGAAUUGAGGGUGUACCUAAAUGCCUCCUGUAACGGGUCCUACUGUGUACAGCUAAAGAGCUACAACACUGUUCGAGAUCAUCUGAAGAAGUAUGUUGCCCAGCCUGGUGUUAAAGUGUGGAUCGGCACAGAGUACACAAACUACGCACUUUAUGAAAUCAUCACACCAGAGGAGAAACUAAUGACGAGCUCAUACUCUCCUGUGUUGACGACUAAAGCAGUGAAAGAUGACACUGAGCAGCGAAUCUUGAGGGACGCUCACGUGAGGGAUGCAGUUGCGGUCAUCCAGUUGCUGAUGUGGCUGGAAAAGGCUGUGCCAGGGGGCAAAGAGACAGAGCUGACUGCUGCAGAAUACGUCAAUAAGUGUCGCAGCAAACAGAAUGACAGCCGAGGCCCAAGCUUUGAGACUAUCUCUGCAAGUGGACCUAAUGCUGCACUUGCUCAUUACAGCCCUUCAGAAGAAUCAAGCAGGAGUUUGACGGUUGAUGAGAUGUACCUGGUGGAUUCUGGCGGGCAGUAUCUAGACGGGACCACUGACAUCACUCGGACAGUUCACUGGGGAACCCCCACAGCAAUGCAAAAGGAGGCCUUCACUCGAGUGCUCAUGGGAAACAUUGAGAUAUCUCGGACUAUCUUUCCCUCAGGGACAAGAGGUGUAAACAUGGAGAUGCUGGGUCGCCGUGCAUUGUGGGAGGUGGGCCUGAACUAUGGCCACGGAACAGGUCAUGGUGUUGGAAACUAUUUUGGAGUUCAUGAGUGGCCAGUGGGCUUUCAGAGUAACAAUAUUCCCUUCAGAACUGGCAUGUUCACGUCUAUUGAACCUGGAUAUUACAAGGAGAAUGACUUUGGGAUCCGGAUUGAAGAUGUUGCUGUUGUCGUACCUGUACAUACAAAGUAUGGUCAUAACUACCUGACUUUUGACACUGUGUCGCUGGUUCCAUAUGACAGAAAGCUGAUUGACACCUUGCUCCUUAGCUCAGAGCAGCUUCACUGGCUGAAUAAAUACUAUGAGACAAUACGGAGGCUGGUGGGUCCUGAGCUGGACAAACAGGGUCUACAUGAGGAGAAGGACUGGAUGCUCAAACACACAGAGCCUUUCAUGAUGUCUGGAUCUUCUGCUUCUGUCUGCUUCUCAUCGCUGACCCUCAUCGCUCUGGCCAUCGCUCUCCUCCACAACAUAAUUUGAGCAUCGUCAUCUUUUUUGCACUUACACAGCAGACUUGCACACUAAUGUUACCCCAAUGCAGUCUCUACUGAGCAGCUAUACCAAGUUGAGAUAUCCACUGGAAUUUAAUUUCUUUUAUUUAAAUAUAUUUUUAAUAAUUAAUUUUAUUUAAUUGGGUGGGCAAAUGGCUGGAAUUGUGGUGUUUAAAAGGUUAAGAUGAUUGUUUGUGUAAUUUUUUUAUGUAUCAUUUUUUUGUUUUUUUAAUCUGGACAUUUGUAUGACCAGCUGAUAUAAUUUCUAUUUUAUUAAAGUAACACUCUUUAACA